AUGUUUAUAGUUCUCUUAUUUUCAACUAUUUAAGCUUUAUCAACAGGAUUAGAUGGAGGUAAGGAAUUGUGUUUAGGAGUAUAAGGAAAGAGAACUGCAUUAUUUUAAAUCUCUUUUGUAGUAUCUGGGUUUUAAGAGGAUAAUAUUGAGAUGAAAGUAAUAUUGAUUAAAUAAGAUAUUUAGUUUUAUUCUCCAAGAAAAACAUUGUUGAAAUCUAGUUUAAAAUAGAAAGAAGGGAAUUAUAAAGAAAUAAUGACAGAUGAUGGAUAAUAUGAAGUGUGUUUUAAAUCAUUAGAUAAAUAUUAUAAAUUAAUUAGUUUUAAUUUUGAUUUUAUAGAAGAAAAUGAUUUAGCUUUGGCAGGUAAUAUUAUUUAUUAUUGUUAAUUAGAAACAAUGGAUUAAAUGGCUGAGGAGAUGAAAUAAGCAUAUAGAAGUUUAAAAACAAUAUAAAACAAUUAACAUUAUUAAAAUGAUAGAGAGAAUGAACAUUAGAGAAUGUUAGAAUCAACAGAAAAAAAACUCUGGUGGUGUUCAGCAGGUAAAAUGGGAGCUCUAAUUAUUAUAUGCAUUUCUCAAAUAUAUAUGUUAACAGGAUACUUUAAAGGUAAAUCAUUUGGUCCAAAUGUUUGAGAUUUUU